AUGGAGACCGCACGAUUCCUGGUUCAAAUCUCCCGGACGCUUGGGAGCACGACAGUGCAGUUCGUUUCUCGGGGGUUCAAGCCAAAGUUUUCCAAAUGGACGCUUCGCUUCGAGCUCGUUCGUGGUGUUAUGCACGACGCUGCCACCAUGUUCGGUGAUCGCAUGGUGGAUCCGAUCCAAGCCCCAGUCGUCCGUUGGCACAGUGAGCUAUUUGGGUCGUUCAUGGGGUGGUUUGCUCUUCGUCGUUAUGAUCUACAGCUCCAAUCAGUGCACUACAACGGGCUGGAGCACCUUUGGGUGAAAUCAUCUUUUUCAAGUACUAAGGACAGGAAACGGCUGGUGAUGCUCUUCUACCAUGGAGGUGGUUAUUCUGUACUCAGUCCACGUAUGUACAUUCCAUUCUGCUGCGAGCUCUUGGACGCAGUCAAGCGCAAGAUGAGCUUACAGACGUCUGGUGAAGACAUCACGGUCGACUUGUUCAUGGCAAAUUACCGCAAGAUACCAGAAUAUCCGUUUCCAGCACCAGCCGAAGAUGCUGUCGCCAUGUACGAAUAUUUGCUCCAGCACGAGAAGCUGGAGCCCUCUCAAAUCAUUCUAGUGGGCGACAGUGCCGGUGGUGGUCUUGUCAUGUCCACACUGCUUCGAGUUCGAGACGGGAAGUCAAGUUGGAAGCCAAAGCUGCCACUGCCACUUGCUGCUAUUGUAGCAUGUCCGCUUGCUGAUCUCACGGGUGAUGAUGGCAAGAACAAGGCUCCGAACUGCGUACUCUCUCCGAGUAUCAUCGCCGCUAGUGUUGAGACGUAUCGUCCAAGUGGCAAGAACCCCCUCGAAUGGGCAGAUGCCUCGCCAGUGCAUUGCGAUCUACAAGGCCUUCCCCCGAUUCUUCUUCAAGCUGCCAGCUUCGAUUAUCUGUUUGCUCACUCACGUCGACUGGCUGCCAAAGCGAAAGCCGAUGGAGUCACCAACUGGGAAAUCGAUAUUCACGACGGAGUCGUCCAUGUCUUCAUGGUUUUUCCCUCUUUCGUGCUGCCUUACGCUCGGGUUGGGAUCCAGAAAAUGGCCCAAUAUGCUGCUAAAAAGUUCUUGACCAGCCCCAUCAUGCAAGGGAACCCCAACAAAGUUCUGGAGACAGAAACGGCACCGACUAAGCAGAUUGUACCACCUGCAGCAGCCUAA